AUGGCUGAAGUGCGAAAUGGAAAUAUGUCGGUGUACAGGGCUUCCAUUAUUUAUAAUUUACCUAGAAAAACGUUAGAACGAAGACUUAAACUUAAUAACGACCAAAAAGGGCCUAUGGGUCCAUCUUCUACGUUUGGCAUUGCUAAUGAAAAGAGAUUAUGUAAACACAUAAAAGAAAUGCAGGCUAAAGGAUUUCCGUUGACGAUGGACGACCUAAGAAAAAUUGCAUUCCAGUUCGCUGAGCAAUUGGAAAUUAAACACCGAUUCAAUGAAUCAAAUGAGAAGGCGGGCUAUGAUUGGCUACAACUCUUUUUAAAAAGAAAUCCUGAUAUUUCUUUAAGAAAAUCAGAAGGAGUAUCUUACGCAAGAGGUAGAGGAAUGAAUAAAGACGAAGUAAGUGCUUAUUUCGAGAUGAUUGAGAAGACACUGACUGAAAAUGAUUUGCUUGAAAAACCUGGCAAUAUAUUUAAUAUGGACGAGACAGGGUUACAACUAAACAAUAAACCGGGAUAUGUUUUGGCUGAAAGGGGCUCGAAAGCUGUAGCUAUGUCGACGUCCACUGAAAAAGGCGAAACGAUUACCGUCAUAGCCUGUUGUAAUGCGGAAGGUAACUUUUUGCCCCCCACAUGCAUAAUGAAAGGGAAAAGAAAAAAACCAGAAUUUGAAGAUGGUUUGCCGCCAGGAUCACUGGUUUUUAUGUCCCCAAAAUCGUCCUACAUAACCUCAGAUUUAUUUCUAGAAUGGAUGAAAUCUCAUUUCCUGCCUAGGAAACCAGCCGGGAAAGUGCUGCUUUUGCUCGAUGGUCACUCUACCCAUUGCAAUUCUGUCAAAAUGCUGCAAUUUGCCAACGAUAAUGACAUUAUCAUGCUAUCGAUGCCAAGUCAUACCUCACACUAUCUACAGCCACUAGACGUUGCCGUUUUUAAGUCUCUUAAAACUUAUUUUUAUGAAUCGUGCAGAUUGUGGAUGAAACAGCACCCUGGACGGCGACUCACGAGACAUCAGUUUGGAUCCCUACUUAAUCAAGCUUGGGGAAAAUCAGCCACCAGUGAUAAUGCAACAUCCGGAUUUAGAGCCACUGGAGUUUUUCCAUUAAAUCCAGGAGCUAUACCCGAUUACGCUUUUGGUAGCAACCUGGAAGCACUUGGAGAAAGUCAGCGUGAGAACCUUGAAAGGACUCAAUCAGCGCAGCUAGAACUUGGCCCGAGUACUUCCAAAACUCCGAUAUCUUAUUAUGACAAACCUACACCAACAAAAGUACUGAAUGAAAUAUCGCCGUUGCCUAACAAAAUUAAAGAAGCCUGUAAACGCGCCAAGCAGGUUAGUAUGCUUUUGACGUCUGAAGAUUACAUCGCCAAGCAAAAAAUAAAAGAAAAAGAAAAGGAAGAGAAGCUCAAGAGACCAAAGAAGAUUAAACAAGAAAUAGAGACUGAUAGAAAUAAGGAAAACAAGACUGUUAGAAAACGGAAAGCCAUUCGAAGGAUCUCAGACAGUAGCUGUGAAGAAGUCCCCAUGUCCCUUUGUGAUACUUCUGAAAGUGAGAACGACGACAAAGAAGAAGAUAACUGUAGAGGCUGUGGAGAAAAUUAUUAUAAGACCCAACUCGUCGAAGACUGGCUGCAAUGUAAUAUUUGUAUGCUCUGGACGCAUGAAAAUUGUACGGAGUUUGAGGAUAUGUGCUCCGUCUGCGGCAAUAAGAAAAAGAAGGAGUUGAAAGGACGUAAGGGCAAAGGGAAAGGGAAAAAGAGUACUGGCUAUCACUCCCCCACUCCUAUGGCCAUCAUACCCGGACAAACGGGGAGAGAUGGCCAAUCGUAA